AGAGACAAACAGAGUAAAGUAGCAGACGUGUGGAACAGUGUGUAUUUGGACAUUUUACAGACAUGAAUUUAACAACGGAAGGAGGAAUGACCCUUGUGCCUACAAGUGCCCCUCCUGACUGUUCAUCUUUAGACUCUGACAAUUGGACCAAAACUGCGGUGCCGGUGUUCAUCCUGCUGAUCACUGCGCUGGGGAUUGUGUUUAACGUGUUUGUGCUCGUGGUUUUCUGGUUUCAUAAGAAGCCCUGCACCGUGGCUGAGAUCUACUUGAGCAACUUGGCUGCUGCUGACCUUGUUCUGGUGUCCUGUUUGCCCUUCUGGGCUGUCAACAUAUUGAAUGGUUUCAAUUGGAUUUUUGGUCUGUUCCUGUGCAAAGUUGUCCACAUGGGCAUAAAUAUGAAUGUCUACGGCAGCAUAUACUUCCUCGUUCUGGUUAGCAUAGAUCGCUUUAUGGCACUGGUGCAUCCGCUGUCCAAGAACAGAAUGCGUAGGCCAAAGUAUGCCAAACUGGCCUGUCUGCUGGCGUGGGGGUUGAGCUUGCUCCUGAGUGUCCCUGUGAUCAUAUACAGGAAAGUGAAACCUGUUUGUAAUAUUACUUUUUGCGGCUUGGAUUUGGAAGAAAAAGAUGCCCGGCUCCUUGACUGCAUGCUGACUUUUUUCAGCUUCAUCAUCCCCAUUUGCAUAGUUUCCUGCUGCACUGUCAAGAUUAUUCAAGCUCUGAAUGGCCGGUUAACAGAGGGGUUAAACCAGAAAACGGAGCACAAGGCCACCACUCUGGUGCUGGCAGUUCUCCUGGCUUUUGUGAUCUGCUGGCUGCCAUUCCACCUGGUUAAGUUGGUAACUUUGUUCCCAAGUCCUGAUGUCCUGAAGGGAAACCACCUAGAAAACUGCCGCUACAUCUUCACCUGUUUAGCCUUCUUCAACAGUGUUCUCAACCCCAUCCUCUACGUUGUUGUAGAAAAGAACUUCCGUAAAAAAGUUACGGAACUCUUUCAGCAGGAAGACAGGAAAGUGUCUUUCAGUACGUCCUCCACACACACCUCAAACCUCAUGAAAAGCGUCAGAGAAUAAGGUGAUCUGCAGGACUGGGAUUUGUUUUUGAGGACCAAGGGCGUAUUUGUUUUGUUUUUUUACACUUUCACAUAAUAAAAUGGGCUGUUAUUUGCACAGAUGUACUACAGGAAAAAUAGCUGAAGUUAUACCCACAAUAUGUUUGUGUAGUCUGAAUACACAGGUUUUAUUUUCUGUUUCACCCACAGUUUGCAAAAAGAUGAAUUUGAGACUUACUUGAUUAGGAGCAUGAUAUACCCUUUUUACGAUUACCCAUCAGAUUCUGCUUAAUAUGAUUGUUUGCUGUGGGUGGAACAUAACUCAGGGUUUUCCUUAAAGAAGUACACCACCAUAAAACAUUUUUUUUUUACCUAAUUAUAUGACUGUACUGUGAUGAUGCUGGUGUUAGGUUGAAAAGGUUGAAAAAGGCUCAACACGCCCUCUACUGUUUUAAAUCACCCUCAACCCCAUAUACCCAAUGCUGACAUAGAGUCGACCGUUUAGGACUAAUUGACAUCAAGACAUUUAUAUGAAAAAGAAGUGUUAAUGCCCACUAAUCAGAGGAUUGGAGGGCAUUAACACCAGCCUCCACUUUGAGUUAGCUCUGACUACCAGUCUUAAACCUUUCUCAACACAUUCUGUGAUGUAGAGAUAGUCUCACACUUCCAUAUGAAAAAUCCGGUUUUAGUGCAUCUGGCCUUUCUUAACAUUCUCCUGAGCCCAUUUAAUUUCUGGGCAACACUUCAGGAGGAAGGCUAGAAGUCAGGAAGGAAGACAAGACAUGAUCACAGGUAAUCAUACGACCAUAUAUGAAUACUCUGUUGCAUUUAUUAACAUCAACAGAAGAAAUCAUGGAUGUGGUCUUUUUUUGUGUGGGCAUAUUUUUGGGGAAAUAUACAAAGUAUAAAAUAUGUAAAUGCACUAGAAUGAUUCAAAACUAUUUGUUAUUUAUAUUGGUAUAAAUACAACAAUACAUGCUAAUAAAUAAUAAUAAGAUAUCAAGGGCCAACAUACAGUCAAAGGUAUUUUUCUUGAUAGAAUGCAGUAUUUUUUCUAUAUUCAUUGAUACAGAUUUUUUGCCGUUGGGAGUUGCAAGUCCAGUUUUAAAGUAAACAUUUUCUCACUGCAGCCAGUUAAAAAAAAAUUCUAAUGCCACGCUAAGUGAGCUGGCAUUACCCACAUCCAAACUUUAGGAUCAAAGUCAGCAUGAGAUUUUGAGAUUUUGAGAUUUCAGAAAUUUCCAAAAUGCCUCUAGAACAAAGAACGAUAACAAAUGACCUAACUGCUGUGUGUUUAGAAAUGCUUUCAGACUUAACACAAUAACAACACUGCUCCAUAAUUUAACAGAACUACCAUACUGUGUUAUAUAUUACAGAAGAGAAGAGAUGGAAACUGUCUCUGUCUGAUACCGCAAGGGUUUAUCCUCUUAAUAUGACAUUUUAAUGGUGUUCCAUGCCUGUCUGUGUGUAUCCCUGUAAAUAUGUUUUUCUGUACUUUUGCAUGGUAUUACUCAGCCUGUCUUGUAAUAUUUACAUGGUGUUAGUCUGGCUGUCUUGUGAUAUUUAAAAGCUAAAUUCCCAAAACAAACCCUGCCAUAUUUUACAUAUGUCCAUAUAUCCCUUACCAUUGUGUAUAAUUAACUCCACUAUUUACACUUUCUGUAUACAUUUGCAUGCUUGUACAGUUUGUUGCUUUGUACAUUUUAUUUACUAUUCAAAGUCACAGUAGCCUUCAGAGUAGUGACUCACACAGUCAUGCCCGUGUCUCUUUACAGUCUAAACACAAUGCCACUGUCGCUGAAACAACCUCUGUGAAUGAACUCAGAAACAUUUUGCAUAGUCUAUGUAAUGUAACACCUGGAGUGGCAUAAAUGUAAAAGAGCAAGACUAUUACGCUGGUAUACAAAUAGAUUUACAGCUAUGUGAGUAAAAAAAAAAAAAGACAGAAGCUUUCCAUGAUAAAUAAAGUUCCUUCUUUUUCAGAAGUAUGUUUAAGAAAUUGAUUCCAUCAGAAAUAUCUGUAAUUUCUGUUUCCUUUAAAUAAUAAAACAUAAAUAUUAAA